UAAAUUUCCUUCCCCGCACGCGAACAGGAUCAGCAACUCCCCCGGCCGCCGUUCCUCACCUACGCUCACCGCCGGCGACAUCCGAACCGGUUCAAUCCGAAUCUACAUGCCAUGCCAUACCAUGCCAUGCCACGCCAUGCUUUAAAUAAAUAAAUACAUCUAAUUUCCAUUGCUUCAUCGUUGCCGCUUGGCCUUGCAGGUGAACCCUCAACCCUAAUUCCCAAUCUAAUUAUUCGAUCGGUUUAUCGUCGCCUCGCGCCUCGUUUGUCGUCGCCUCCGUUGUCUCCUAGUUCGUCGUUGCACAAAGUCUGUUCGAUUGCCGCCUCGCGCCGGCUUCCAAAUAUGGCCACCAAAGGAGGUGCGGGAGGAAUCAAGUCGACAUCCAUCAAUGGUGUGAAGCUCUACUGCCUCUCGGGUCAUCGUUCAGAAGCCAGUUGGCUUCCUCCCAAGAAGCUUAGGGCCCUCCGCAAAGACCAAGAUUAUCUGCAGAGGGUGGAUUUGAUUCAGGAGUUGAGAUUUGAAACUGCAACUACUAGAAUAAAGGUGUCUCCUGAUGGUGACUACGUGAUUGCUUCAGGCAUCUAUCCUCCUCAAGUUAAAGUUUUUGAGCUGAGGGAAUUGUCAUUGAAGUUUGAACGGCAUCUCGUGUCAGAAAUUGUUGAUUUUCAGAUUCUUGCUGAUGAUUAUUCAAAAAUUGCAUUUCUUUGUGCUGAUCGCUCUGUAUGCCUGCAUGCAAAGUACGGAAGUCACUACAGCUUAAGGAUUCCUAGGAUGGGGAGAGAUAUUACUUAUGAUUGCUGGUCCUGUGACUUGUUGUGCGCUGCUUCAUCUCCAGAUUUAUAUAGAAUUAAUCUGGAGCAGGGGCGCUUCUUAUCAUCUCUCAAUAGUCAAUCACCAGCCUUAAAUGUAGUUUCUCGAAGCACAGUUCAUGGUCUUAUUGCUUGUGGAGGUGAGGAUGGUGCUGUAGAAUGCUUUGAUUUGAGGCAGAAAUCUUCUGUUGGUAGAAUUAAUGCUGUUGCUCCUUCUGGUGAUAUUGACCAUGAAGUCACAGCAUUACAGUUUGAUGAUGCCCAGGGGUAUCUGAUGGCUGUUGGUAGCAGCGCUGGCAAGAUUUCUAUUUAUGAUCUGCGUAUGACUGAUCCAAUACGCAUCAAAGAUCACAUGUAUGGUAGUCCGAUAUUGGACAUUAAGUGGCACCAGACUCUCAAUUCAGCUGAAUCAAAAGUGAUUAGUGCAGACAGUCGUAUUGUUCGGAUAUGGGAUCCCAACACGGGGGAGAACAUGACCAGCAUUGAACCAAAUUCUGGAACUAUCAAUGAUAUAUGUGUUUUCCGUGAGAGUGGUUUGAUGUUACUGGCUUUAGACAACGGCCAGAUACCUGCUUACUUUAUACCUGCUUUUGGCCCUGCUCCGAAAUGGUGUUCCUACCUGGAAAACUUUACGGAAGAGAUGGAGGAAGCUUCACAAACCACCAUUUAUGAUGAUUUCAAAUUUUUAACUAAAGAAGAGGUUGAGCGUUUGAAACUUACCAAUUUGGUUGGCACUAAUCUCCUCAGAGCCUAUAUGCAUGGCUUCUUUAUUGAUUAUAGGCUAUAUAAAAAGGCCAAGAAUUUGGUUGAUCCAUUUGCAUAUGAGGAAUACAGAGAACAGCAGAAGAAAGAAAAGAUGGAAGCAAAGCAAGCUUCCCGCAUCACGAUACAGAAAAGGUUACCUAAAGUAAACAGGCUUCUAGCGGCUCGUCUGCACCAAGAAGAAGAAGAAGAAGGAAUGGCCGAAAUAGAUGAUAUUGGAGCAAAGAAAAAAUCAAAGAAGAAUAAGGGAUUAAACACUGAGAUCCUGAGAGAUACACGUUUUGCAGCAAUUUUUGAGGAUAAGGACUUUGAGGUGGACGAACUGUCACCUGAGUUUCUAUCGCUUAAUCCUCAAAGUGCUAAGAAACGGCCUCUGCUGAUUGAGGAACACUUUGACCGUGUGGACGAGGAUCAUGAAGAGAAUGAGUCUGGUCAUUCUGAUGCUUCAGGAUCAUCUCAGUUGUCAGGAGAUGUACCUGACAAACACCAGAAAGAAGUUGGCAAAUCAAAAAGCGUGAGAUUGUACGAGGUAAAGGAUGAACGGCAUGCAGAAGCAUUUUUAGGCAGCGUCUCUCUAGCUAAGGAGGAUGCUCUUCCUCUCGAGGAGAGGGUUUCUGCUCUUGAGAAGGAACAAGCAGAUAGUGCAUCUAAUAACGUGAAAUUUGGGCCAGGUGGAUCGCGAGAGGUCUCAUUCAUGCCCAGAAGCUCAAAGAAACAUAAAUUUGAGGAAUCUGAUGAUGAUGACGAAGAAGAAGGGGGGAAAAAAAGGGGCGUCCGUGCCCUGGGCCUAAAACCGAGUAAAUCAGAGUUCUAUGCUAUGGGUCGGGGAGGUAGUAGCAGUCGAGGAAGGGGUGGAGGACGAAGGCAUGGAGGAAGGGGUGGAGGAAGAGGCCGAGGAAGGGGAAGAGGAAGGGGUAGGCGGUGAUGAGGCUAUUCAAAAUCAAAAUAUAUACGAAGCCUUCUACCCUCGUUUAACAUUGGAGAUUUGUCAAAGUGCUGACUUGUGAGGUGCUUUGUUUCCUUUGGAAGAGGAAGAGGAAUACAAUUGUAACUUAUUUAUGAGCAAAUACAAAUGUAAUCCUAUUAAGUUCUGUGUUAUUUCAGUAAAUUUUGCUCGUCUUUGACAAUUGAUUAAGAUUUUGAAAUCUAGAACAACCAUGCUAAUUUUAUGUGUUGGUAGUGUUCCCUUCAA